CCACAUGAAGUGGGUUUGCAGAUAAUUAUUAUCGUUCACGUUAUCAAGUUAUCAAACUUAUCAAUAGCAGUGAUUGUCUGUCGCGAUUCGCACAUAUUAUCUACUUAUUUCUUUCUACCGAAUUUUGUGUAUUACAUAAAUAAACGUGACGUUACAUUGAUAACACCAGUGUAGAACCGGACGGCCGUGCGAAAUAGUAUUCCUAGAGACUACUAGUAAAUAUUAUUUUCAUUAAAAUGUCAAAAGAUCUGAAGGUGCUAGUGUCUUCAAAUGACUUUCCUGAGAGUGCUAUCAAGAUCCUCAGUGAUAAAUUCACAGUAGUAGUGAGCCGCUACUCCAACUACGGAGAGUCGGCACGCACGGUGAACCGCGAGGAGCUGCUGCGGCUGAUCCCGGGGUGUGCAGCGCUGGUGUGGUGCUCUGACUCUCCGAUUACCAAGGAACUGCUCGACGCUGCUGGUGACUCUCUGAAAGUGGUGGCCACGUCCUCGGCUGGCUACAACCACUGUGCGGUGGACGAGCUCCGGGCGCGCGGCAUCCGUCUCAGCAACACCCCGGACGUGCUGGCGCCGGCGGUGGCGGAGGUGGCCGUGAGCCUGAUACUGGGCGCGGCGAGGAGGUUGACGGAGAACCUGGCGCAGGUGCGCAAAGGCGUAUGGGAGAUAGGGUUCUCCAAAUGCCUUGGUCAAGACCUGCGCGGCAGCACCGUGGGAGUGGUGGGGCUCGGCGGCAUCGGGCGCGCGGUGGUGAAGAGACUGGUGGGGUUCGAGGUUGGGAGGUUCCUGUAUACUGGGCAUCGGGAGAAGCCUGAAGGCAAAGCCCUCGGCGCCCAGUUCGUCUCUCUCCAAGAGUUACUCCGCUCCAGUGACGUCAUAGUCCUCGCUGCGCCGCUGACGGACGAGACCCGGCGCAUGAUCAAUGCGGAGACGCUGGGGAUGAUGAAGAGCAACGCUGUACUCGUCAAUGUUGGACGAGGAGACCUAGUCGACCAGGACGCCCUCUACGACGCACUGAAGAACAACAAGAUCUACGGCGCCGGGCUCGAUGUGACGUCACCAGAGCCACUCCCAAGAGACCACAAGCUGUUGACGCUGGAUAAUGUUUUCAUCCUCCCGCACAUCGGCAGCGCGACGGUGCGCACGCGGCGCGACAUGGCGGAGCUGGCCAGUAACAACGUUGUACGGGCACUCUCCGGGGAGCUGCUGAUCACGCCCGUGCUCGAGUGAACUUUGUGAGGAGGGGCUAGAAGUGUUUGACGGGGAUGUUUAGAA